AUGAAGAAUUGGAAGUUAAAUGUAAUCCUAGACUCAGAGUUCCUUUCAUAUACAGAAGAAUGCGAUGAACAAACUUCAUGUGCACCACCGUCGGGUCCUGCAUAUAUUGAGAAACAAAAUUCACACUGUUGGCACACAUAUUUCUGGAUCGCGUUCGUUCCCUUCAUUCUUCUACUAGCUGUGGGUACUAAAUUAGAGCAUGUAAUUACACAAUUAGCUCAUGAGGUUGCAGAGAAACACGUAGCAGUCAAAGGAGACUUGGUUAUUCAACCUUCAGAUGAUCAUUUCUGGUUCCACAGGCCUCAAAUUGUUAUAAUUUUGAUCCAUAUCAUCCUAUUCCAAAAUUCUUUUGAACUUGCAUUUUUCUUCUGGAUAUGGGCUCAAUAUGGUUUCGACUCCUGUAUAAUGGGACAAGUUGGUUACAUUAUCCCAAGACUUAUUAUAGGGGCGUUCGUUCAGUUCGUCUGCAGCUAUAGUACAUUGCCAUUAUAUGCAAUUGUCACACAGAUGGGAAGUUCAUUCAAGAAAGCAAUAUUUGAUGAACAUAUUCAAGUAGGGCUUGUUGGUUGGGCUAAGCAAGCUAAAAAGAAUACAGUUCUUAGAAAGGCAGCUCAUGGCUCUAGCCAAGUUGGUCACAAGGAGGAUUCUCCACCAGCAGUUCAGUUGGCAAACAUCGGAGACAAGGAAUCUGCAAUGGAAGAUAUUGUACAGCAAACAGCCUCUGGUAGGCCAAACUGAAAAGCAUCAUAUCUCUGAAUGCUCGUGUGUUGAGUUGCCACUGUCGCAAAAUACUCCAACAUAAUAUCUUAUAUUUUGUCCUUUUAGAUUUAGUUCCAAGAUUUGCUUAUGUAAUCAAGACUUUGUUCUAGCUCUGGGGCCAAGUAAAGUUUAAAAUUUCCCUUUGUUUCUUGUCCCUAAGGACCCAAGUAGUAGUAGUCUCAUCUAUAUGUUUGCAUAAACUAUAGAUUUUUAUUAAGUAAUGAAAUCCGCUUCCUCUGUGUUGCAGAUUUAAGAGAUGAGAAAAGCUAUGAGUUCUUAGUCUUUCUUACAUUUAUGCUUAGAAGCUUUUUUCCAAAUAUUUACAGCUCAAAAUAACCAACAAAUGGUAUCAGAGCUCUUUAGUUUUUAAAGGGGCCUGAGAUUAUCUUUAUUACUUGAGAGAGAGAAAAGAAAUAGAGAAGUGAGUUAUGGCUUCCAAUGUUUCAAUUCCAACACCACCCAUCUUCGGAGGCCAAAAUUAUAAUUUUUUGGUAAUCAAGAUGAAAGCUUUCUUAAAAGCUAAUGAUUUGUGGGAGGUAGACGAAAAAAUUAUGAACCACUACCACAAAGGCCAAAUUCUACUCUUGCUCAAAUCAAGCAACAAAUGCAGGAGGCUCUAAAGCAAUUUAAAGCCCUUUCCUUCAUUCACUCAGCUGUGGAUGAAAGUAUUUUUCCAAGAAUCAUGGGUCUAGACAGCCAAGAAAGCAUGGGAUUUGUUGAAGGAGGAGUUUCAAGAUACCGGAAGAAUGAAGCAAGUGAAGAUGCAAACUCUUAGAAGAGAAUUUGAAGCUUUGAAAAUGAAAGAUGGUGAAAGUAUUAAAGAUUAUAGUGCUAGAGUGCUGCAAGUAGUGAACCAGCUAAGAAUUAAUCGAGAAGAAAUUUCAGAUCAAAGGGUGGUAGAAAAAAUUCUCAUCACUUUGCCUGACAAGUACGAGUCUAAAGUUGCUGCCAUUGAAGAAUCUCAUGAUUUAUCCAAAUACUCUGUCACAGAACUCACAGGAGCUUUUCAGGUAUCCAUGGAAGGAGCUUUUCAAGCAAAAAUCAAGCUUAGAGAGUCAGAUGUUGUGAAGUAUCCUCCAUGUAGAAUUUGUAAGAGAACCAACCAUGAAGAGAAAGAUUGUUGGCAUAAGGGAAAGCCACAAUGCUUUAAAUGCAAGAGAUUUGGGCAUGUUCAAAAGAAUGGUGUAUUUACUAACAGAUGAGAAAAGCUAUGAGUUCUUAGUCUUUCCUACAUUUUUGCUUAGAAGCUUUUCUCCAAAUAUUUACAGCUCAAAAUAACCAACAUGGUGUAUUUACUGCUUCCAAACCCAGAAGAACAGAGCCUUCGAAUUAUUACAGAACACUGAAAUAUAAGUUAAGAAGAGUAUAUAUACAUAGUUAUUUAUUUAAAGGAGGCUAGAAGUAAUUGUUAAUUAUAGCUUAUCACUCGUAUUAAAAGGCAUUGAAUACUAUUUUUAGCAUAGAUUUACUUUGA